UUGUAUAAUACCACGAAUCUCACAAUACACUUGCUAAUUUCUCUUAUAUAUCCUCGUUUUUUAGCAGAUAAAACAAGCAUUAAGAACAAGAUCAUGGCUUUGAAUCAUGCUGCAAAAGGGUUAGUACUACUCCUAGUCACUGCCUCUGUAUUAGCAAUCGGUCAGGCCAAGACCAUCGUGGUUGGAGGCACCGAAGGUUGGCGUUACGGCUUUAACUACACAGACUGGGCUAUCCAAAACACCCCCUUCUACAUCGAGGACAAACUCGUGUUCAAGUACGAUCCUCCAAGUGACACUAAUUCAUUGGCUUACGGCGUAUACAAGCUGCCAAACCUGGACAGCUACUUGAGUUGCAACUUCAGUAGUGCUGAGGUAUUGGCGAACUCGACGCAGGGAGUGGGCAACGGCUUUGAGGUUUCGCUGAACGAAUGGAAGCCUUAUUACUUUGCUAGUUACGGGGUUGACGCCAACCACUGCAACGAUGGUCACAUGAAGUUCUUUGCCGUGCCAUGGCCUCACAAUAACUAACCUAUACCUCUGCUAUGCUAUGCUUGCUAUACCUAAUCUAGCUACCAUCUUUAUUUUAUGUAAUUAAUAAUGAAUAGGGGGUCCUUCCUUUUCGUUUUUCUGGUUUUACUUAUUGAAGGUUUAUGAUAUGACAGUAGCGAGAGAGAAUUUUAAUAUAUACACUAUAGUCUAUCGUCAAUCUUAUUGACAAUUAUUAAUAUCCCUUCGUUUUCUUUGUUAUCGUAGUAUAUGUAUUUAAUUGUACGUGCCUACUUUCUGUACUAUUGGAAAUUAAUAAAGAUUGAUGUCUGUUGUUA